GUGGCGAGCCGAGCUCGGCUCCACCUUCUGGGACUCUGCGCAACGUCCUCCGGAGCUCCCGGGGGGCUUUGGAAGGGCAGGUCUGAGUGGGAUCACGGAUCUCUCCUUUGUGGCUUCCGUGGAAAUUUUCUCAGAUUCUUGUCCUUGUGCUACUAAAAUCAUCCCUAACUAAAGAUGCAUCCAGACCUGUCUCCUCAUCUGCACACUGAAGAGUGUAACCUAAUUAUCAGUCUGCUCAAGCAGUGUCACAAGGAGCACAAUGUUUUGAAGUUUUUUGGCCAUUGCAAUGAUAUUGACCGUGAGAUGAGGAAGUGCUUAAAAAAAGAGUAUGAAGAAAACAGGCGCAGAAACCGGGAGAAACGACAGAGGAUAAUAAAUGCUCACAAAGCCUCAGAGAAGUGAGCUGUUCUGAGGCUGGACAGCUGCAGCUCCACAGGGGCAUUCACUUGGCAAUUGACAGAAUACUUAUGUUUCGUCACCACUGUCCAGCCUGUGGUUUGUGAAAUGGUGACAAAACAAAUGCAUCUAAUACAUAUUCAUUCCCAACAAGGCAAAGAGUGUGCAAAAAUAAAUGCAAUAUAUUGCUCACAACCUAACUUAAAUUUUCACCUCUAAAAGAAAACUACUGUGGCAAGUCUUUGUUCUGGCAGUUUUAUGAUUAAGCAAUGAGGAAUUGUGUGAGGUACUAUGUGUUCAGGGCAGCUGUGUUCCCCACUUUGUACUGAGUUGCAUUUACUUCCUCAUGUUUAACAGUUUCUCUUUCAUAUCUUGGGGUUUUUAGGGUCUUUUUCUGUUUGUUUUUCACUGCAAAACACUAAAUUAUUUUUUCCAUCAUUCUUUGUAGUGUUGUGAUAACACUUCUUAAAUGGAUUAGUGAAAAGAAAUUUUAAACAGAUGUGGCUUGAAGUUGGAAAUUGCCUAUCAAGGAAUAAUUGGAGUUCUAGUAUUUUUAUUGGAGCUAAAAGGAUGAAACUACUGUCUUCAGCUGAGAAGAUUACAAAUCCUCCCUGCCAACCAUUUGUACAGUGUAGACUGUUGUAAGACAAUUUGUUCAUCAUACCCAAAGCAGCGGCUUUAGAAAUUCAGAAUGGAACAUUUCCAGGGAUUUACAAAGCUUCCCCUUGAUUUUUGUUGAGUACAAUCAAUGUGUGCUGAGUGGUUUUUGAAGAGGAGUGCUGCCAAAAAUACAAGCUAAAGUGUAACUUUCUCGGGCAAGUUAA